CGCUUCCGGGAAUUGGUAUGACGUAGUUUUGUCAUCAAAACAUUAGUCAACUUUCUACAUCCUGAAGAAGCGCGACGAGCUGACACUUACGUAUUUUUAAAGACCAAAAUGUCCCUAAACACCGCCCAUGCCCAGGGUGGGGUUCUUAUUUUCGCAGGUGAAAGAAUCCUGAUUUAUUAUGAUGGUAUUGAAAUGUGCUUUGAGGGCCCAUCAGAUGUGACGCCAAUGAAAGGAAAAAAGAAAGGACGAUGCUACUUGACCACUCAUCGGGUAAUUUUCAACAGCAAAGAUGGCAAAGAUAGUCUGCAGUCAUUUUCCUUUCCUUUCCUGCUGAUGAGAGAGGUAGAGCUGAAACAGCCUGUGUUUGGAGCUAACUACAUCAAAGGUCGUAUCAAGGCUGAACCACAAGCCAUGUGGCAUGGUGAAGCCAAGUUUGACAUGUACUUCACUCAUGGGGGCGCCAUUGAGUUUGGAAAAGCCAUGCUGACUGCAGCAUCUUUGGCAUCAAGAAAUCGGCCACCCAACCCCCCGCCGUACUAUCCUCCUCCCACAUCAGGAUACUACGCAGCUCCCCCUCCAGCCUACGAGCCGCCAAGGAACUCGCACUACUCGUGGGUCCCUUAUGAAACUUUCCCUACUGCACCACCAGCUCAGAGUGUGUACAUGAGUGAGGCUCCUCCUCCUUACCCUGGUGUGGAUCCUUCCAUGGCCUACCCGCCUCCAUCGGCUCCAAUGAAUAGCCAUGAUGCCAAAGCACAGGAGGCAGCUGCCAGUGCGUACUAUGACCCCUCUAACGCUCACAAUUUCUACGCUCCAGCUGCCCAGGCGAUGGCCCCACCAGCAUAUGGCUUCAACACUGGACCACCCCCGUCCUACAAUGAGGCAGAGAAAAAACAAAACUAAAAUGUGGACAGCAGAUGUUGCCAAAGAUUGCAAUAAUGAAGUUCGCACCUUCAAACCUUAUGGUACAGCUUACAGCUGUAUUUAGGUCGUUCUUUAGUUGAACAGAGCAUUGCAAAUUUUCUUUAUGCUCUGCCUCAGAUUGAAAUAUUUAAAAAUGACACAUUGACCAUCAUUAUUUUUUUUGUAAUGAGGUUGAAAUAAUGUUUACAUAGUUUUGAAAAUUUGCUAGAUUUAAAUUGAUUAAAUCAAUAUGUUGAGAAGUGAAUGGAGACACCGUUUUCUGGAGAAUAUAUUAUUCAUGUGCUGUGUUUUGUAUUAAAGUUUAUUAAAGUGGUAUACAGUUUGGUCUUUCCAUAAUUAAGUAAUCUUCUGCUUGCGAAAUUGAUAGUGAGCUAAAGCAAGAGCUUAUUAUUUGGUAAUAAGUGUUGUGUUUUUAAGUCUUGAAAAAAA